AAACUCCGUUUCCACCCUUUUUCUGCCUCUGAUGAAGCAAUAGCGUGGAAAAGAAAAACAAAACCCACUCCUUUAAGAACGAUUCCGCCUCCCCUCUGAAAAGGCAGAGCGCCUAAUGGUAAUUGUGGAGUCUCUAAGUCAUACAUACACUUUACUACUCAGCAUUGGGAGAAGCUGCUGCUGCUGCUGUCCCAGCCUGCAGUGAGCUCCGGUGCAGCAGCCACACCGCAGGAUCCACACCUACGAGCUGCACAGACACAUCUACCACCCUGCAGCCGGGAAGCUCCGGAUCGUCGGCGAAGAAUAAGGGGAAUCCACGCACUUGAAACAUGAGUUCAGAUACCAGUGAAGGUGUGAUCACUACUCCUCCUCCUCCCAGCAUGCCUCACAAAGAGAGAUACUUUGAUCGAAUUAAUGAAAAUGACCCAGAAUACAUACGAGAGAGGAACAUGUCUCCUGAUCUACGACAAGACUUCAAUAUGAUGGAGCAGAGGAAACGAGUUACUCAGAUUCUUCAGAGUCCUGCCUUUCGGGAAGACUUGGAAUGCCUUAUUCAAGAACAGAUGAAGAAAGGCCACAACCCAACUGGAUUACUAGCAUUACAACAGAUUGCAGAUUACAUCAUGGCCAAUUCUUUCUCAGGCUUUUCUUCAUCUCCCCUCAGUCUUGGCAUGGUCACACCUAUCAAUGACCUUCAUGGUGCAGAUACAUCCUCCUAUGUGAAAGGAGAAAAACUUACUCGUUGUAAACUUGCCAGUCUGUACAGAAUUGCAGAUUUGUUUGGAUGGGCACACCUGGCAAAUACAUAUAUUUCAGUAAGAAUAAGUAAAGAACAAGACCACAUUAUAAUAAUUCCCAGAGGCCUAUCUUUUUCUGAAGCCACAGCCUCCAAUUUGGUAAAAGUCAACAUAAUAGGAGAAGUGGUUGACCAGGGAAGUACUAAUUUGAAAGUUGACCAUACAGGAUUCAGUCCCCAUGCUGCAAUCUAUUCAACGCGUCCGGAUGUUAAAUGUGUGAUACACAUCCACACCCUUGCCACAGCAGCUGUGUCCUCGAUGAAGUGUGGAAUCCUCCCAAUUUCUCAGGAAUCUCUUAUUCUGGGAGAUGUGGCUUAUUAUGACUACCAAGGGUCACUUGAUGAGCAGGAGGAGAGAAUUCAACUGCAGAAAGUUCUGGGUCCAAGUUGUAAGGUGCUGGUACUCAGAAAUCAUGGAGUAGUAGCACUUGGAGAAACAGUUGAAGAAGCUUUUCAUUAUAUUUUUUGUGUACAGAUGGCCUGUGAGAUUCAGGUACGGGCAAUAGCAGGAGCAGGUGGAAUAGAUAAUCUUCUUAUACUGGAUCUUCAGAAGUAUAAAGCUUACACUCAUAAUAUUGCAGCAACUGGUGGAGGAGGUGUUAAUAUGGGUUCCCAUCAGAAGUGGAAGGUUGGCGAGAUUGAGUUUGAAGGACUGAUGAGGACUUUGGACAAUUUGGGGUACAGAACAGGCUAUGCUUAUAGGCAUCCUCUCAUUCGAGAGAAGCCCAGACACAAAAGUGAUGUGGAAAUCCCAGCAACUGUGACUGCUUUUUCCUUUGAAGAUGAUACAGUACCACUGUCUCCUCUCAAAUACAUGGCACAGAGACAGCAGCGUGAAAAAACGAGAUGGCUGAAUUCCCCAAAUACUUACAUGAAAGUGAAUGUGCCUGAGGAGUCUCGGAAUGGGGAAACAAGUCCCAGGACCAAAAUCACAUGGAUGAAAGCAGAGGACUCCUCUAAAGUUAGUAGUGGAACACCUAUCAAAAUUGAAGAUCCCAAUCAGUUUGUUCCUUUAAAUACAAACCCGAAUGAGGUUCUAGAAAAGAGAAAUAAGAUUCGGGAACAAAACAGGUAUGACUUGAAAACAGCAGGACCACAGUCUCAGCUGCUUGCCGGAAUUGUUGUGGAUAAACCUCCUUCUACUAUGCACUUUGAUGAUGAUGAUCAUGGCCCACCAGCUCCUCCUAACCCAUUCAGUCAUCUCACAGAAGGAGAACUUGAAGAAUAUAAGAAGACAAUCGAAAGGAAACAGCAAGGUCUGGAAGACGCUGAGCAGGAAUUACUCUCAGAUGACGCUUCAUCUGUUUCACAAAUUCAUUCUCAAACUCAGUCACCGCAAAAUGCCCCUGAAAAAUUUGAAGAAAACCAUGAGCUGUUUUCCAAGAGCUUCAUCUCCAUGGAUGUACCUGUCAUGGUAGUAAACGGCAAGGAUGACCUACAUGAUGUUGACGAUGAGCUUGCUAAGCGAGUGAGUAAAUUAACUACAAGCACGACCUUAGAGAACAUCGAAAUUACCAUUAAGUCACCAGAGAAGAUUGAGGAAGUUCUGUCACCCGAUGGUUCACCAUCAAAAUCACCAUCCAAGAAAAAGAAGAAAUUCCGCACUCCUUCUUUUCUGAAAAAGAACAAAAAAAAGGAGAAAGUUGAAGCCUAAAGUUUUUUUGUAAUUAUUAUUCUACAAUGUGACAUUGCACAUUUAAAUACAACAUUUAAGUUGAUCAUUAAUAUACAGUGGUAGAUCAGAUUUGGG